GUUUGGCCAGUACAGGAAUUCCUUUGAAAUUGUUAAGCCCUUCGAAUUCCAUUUUGCGGCUAGUUUCCACGUCGGCUGGCGAUGACCUCGCGCGUCACUCGCGCGUCAGCCGGCAUACACGACGCACGUGUCUCGAUAUUGCUCGUUUAUAAUAUUUUUCUCGCCGCGGUCUACUCAUAAGCUAUUUACGUUGCACACCCGCUGAGUUAUCGAAAUAAUAUCGGAAUCAUGAAGAGAUCUGAAGAAGGAUUGUGAUGUGUUUGAGUGAGCCUGUGUUACCAAACAAUUGAUUGUUUGUUGUUGGUUCAGUGUUGUGUUGUGGGAUUUUGUCUGACCUUACUGGAUUUGAUGGAGGUGGCAUAGAAAAGCUGGAGGAAUUCUACACAAAUGAAAUUAAACAACCACAUGGAAGGCGGAACUAUCGCGACGGAGAACUUGAUAACAUCGAUAGCGAGUCUCGGCACCGAAUCGAAAGAAAAUAACACUAUACAUGCGAUAUUGAAAAACUUCCUUGCAUCAGAAAAAGAAAUGGCGAUCAAACAAAAUGAAAGUGCAAAUAAAUACAUUUAUACAGUCCCAGUAAAGUCGCCAACGACACCUUAUAAAAAUGACAGGGUGAAGUCUCUUAAUGAUGCAAAGGAAGCUUUCCUAAAGUCCACUGUCAGCAGCUCUGAUUCUAAUGUACAAAACUAUGCACCAAAGAAAGAAGAGGUUACAUUGCACUACGCACAAAUAGCUGUAACAACUGCGAGCGAAGAUACUAGAAGCACGGGUGGAGGGAUCAACCCCAAAAGACACAUGCAUUCAUUCAAAAACGAAGCUAAAUCCCUAGCACCGGAUGUAACUUUGAUGAGGAAAAAAAUAGAGCAACAGCAGCAAAGAAAAGUGAGCUUUAAAAUAAAAAAUGCGUCUUCGUCACAUCGCCGACCACCUCUCGCCACAAGGACUGUGACGAUAACAAGCAACAAAGUAUCAGAACUGACAAACAAAUUUAAUAAUUUAGUUCAAGAAUCUCAUAAUGGUACUGUCAAACAAUCUAAGCUAGUGAAAACAAUAGAAAGCUUACAAAAUUCAUCAAAAUCCACUGGAAGCUCCACAGCAAGCUCCACGCCCACCUCUACUCUUAGCACAAGUCCAAAUAUCAAAAUCGUGAUACGACAAAAACGAGGUUCCAAGAAACGUAAUCAUAGAAAAAGAUGCUCAAGUGUGGACUCAAUAGAUAAGUUAAUAUUAUCCGACAGUAGUUCAGCCAAAAUUAGAGUUAUUAGAUCGAAAUCAGACGGCAACAAAAUACCAAAAUCACCAAAAAAACGUUUGAAAUCACGUGAUUCAAGUAGUCAACCGAGUGGGUCCGACUCGGUUGAUGGCAGCCCUGUCAAACCUAAGAAAGAAGAGCCUGCUCAAUCUCCACCUGAAAAUGAAUCAACACAAUCAAAUGUAGUUAAAAAUGUUAUUAAAAAGUUUGAAUGUGAAAUAAUAGCUCAAUAUAAUGCCGAUACUUUAACGAGAAAAACAGCCAGUCAAUCCAAACCGAUUACUAAAGAAAAACCAAAAGUACCUGAAAAGAAAUCUACACUUGUCGUGACUAAAAACCUUGUCGUCAAAGAUGGUGUACCGAAAAUUAAAACUGUCAAACCACCUGCCAAGGAAUUACCGAAACCUGAAAUAGUAAUUAAGGAAAAAGUAGACCUCCCAAAGAAAGAAGAAAAAAAGGAACCUAUUUACGAUAAAAGAAGAUUCAAAACCAACUACAUUCAUGCGGACAAAAUGCCCUUGCACGUCGUCGAAAUCGUUCAUGAAGACACCAACGAACAUAUAGUAUCUAAAGACACAAGUCCGGUAAUGAAUACAAGUGUGAUAGUGGUUAAUUCUGAACCAAAUGACUCGCCAAUAAGAUGUGUAAGUGAAGAAAGAUCUUAUGAAGAACUGAGUUCGCGAAUUACACCUAAUGAAUCAUUUCUAUGGCGUCGGAAAAGUAGCACGCAAAUAUACUCGGAUGGCGACAGAUCUAUUUCGGAUAGCUCAUAUAGUUUAUCAAAUGUAACAUUAGUGAAUGACCCAAUAGAAGAACCAAAGCUUUACGAAGAUUCACCGCAUACUCAUGAGACGGAAUCUCAUUCUCAAUCUUUGACUGAAAUCAAUACUGAGAAUCCUGAAUCAAGUUCUGACUUCGAAAGUAAUCUAGUGGAGGCCUACAACAAAGAGAUAUUGGUCGGCUUUACGAGCAAGCCUAGCAAGGAAGCUGAAGUCGAAGACGACUAUGAGCCCUUAGAGCCUUACAUAGUUGAAACCCCAGCAGAAAUCGUUGUCCCUGUGAAGAAAAUUGACAGAACAUCUAAAAUCAACUGUCCUUUACCCGAAAUCCCCAAAGAAGAGCCGUUAGAAUCUCAAAAGACUACUAAAGAGAACAUAUACCAAUGUCUUCUGGAGAUGCGAUCACAUCCAGAGGGAGACGAGAGUAGUUUGCACAGCUACGAGCUCUGUUCGAACCAGAUGGAGGAGAGAACCCGCGGCGACGGCGACAGCGACCACGGCUAUGAAUACUGCAAGUCGCCCAUCAAGCCGUACUGCCACGCGUCCAGCGCCGGCAUACAGAUCGCCGAGGACUACCAGCCCUGCCAGCAGAACGACAAGCAUUACGCCAUCUCCAAAUCCGUCAGCGGAACCUCGACUGUGAGCUACGAGAAAAUCGGCUCGGAAAGGAUCUACGAGAAGAUUCCAUGCCGACCGCCUAAGUCCAAAGACAGCAGUCCCAGUUCGUACAGCAACAGGCAUUCAAUUGUGUCAUCUGAUUACAACGGAUACAAUGAAGACGAGAACAUCUACGACACGAUCAAGCACAGCGACGGGGCGUCCCUAUCCCACUGUUACGAGAGCAUUCCGAACAGUCCUAGUUUCGUGAAAUUACGGACGAAUUUCAAGAAGCAGUUGGCCUCGGCGGUUCAGAAGCGGCUGUCGUUUGACACUGUGUCGAAUGUGAGUCAGAGCACGUUGUCGAGUGAGCAGAAAACGAAUAGUAUCUACGGGCAGCGGUCGGUGAUGAGCUACAGCGGGCAGGAGGCGGCGUUCCCCGCGCCCGGGAGCGACACCAGUGUCAGCGGCAGCGACCGUAGCGACGAGUGGGUCGACGUGUCCGAUGAAGAAAAGACGGAUGAGCAGAAGAUUGUCAUUGUGCGGGAAAGGAGUAGAGGCAGAAAGAGUCCCAUCAGCUGGUCCCAGAAAGUUCGACAUCAGUGGCAAAAAUCACCCAAACAGAAAGCGGAGAACAAGGAGGGCGACAGCAGCGACUCGGGGCAUCUGUAUGAGUCGCUGGAGCCGGCGCCGGCGCCGCUCGACGACGACUUCGACUCGUUCGACAGCGACAGUGACUCGGAUACUCAGCCGGAAAAGCCGGACGCGCAAACGCAUUUACCCGCCAAGCACCUAGAAAGACUGCCAGAGCCACCUACUGUCAACACCUACACACUAACGAGCAUAGCUAGCGCCGCCCAGCGGAAGAUAAGGGCACUAAAGAGGAAUCUCACGAAAAGAUACACAGUCGCCAUCGACGGGAUAUCGCAGCCAAAAACACCUCCGCAGCUAAAUCUCGACAACAAGACCAAAACCAAGUCUCCCAUCUACGCAAACUGUGAGAAACCAGACAUCCACGUCUACAGCAACAUGACCUUUCACGACACCAAACCCGUUCUUAACAAGAGCGAGACUCCCCUGGCAAAAGUCAACGGGAACUUCAAGGAGGAAUUAAAAACUGUCAUCGGAGAAAAGAGGAUUUAUGGUGAAAGAAAAAUAAGCGCCGAGAAAAAGGUCGGUAGCGAUAAAAAAAUAUACGAGACGCCACCUCCUUUGCCUGCGAAAAUUGCAGAAAAACCUACAACCCCGACAAGUGAAGGUGGUAAGAAGGAUAAUGGAACUCUGUCGAGGAAAGCGUACUUUUCGUUUAAGUCGCGUUUUAGAAGAGCGUCCUCUGUCGCUGUGGAUAUCAACACGGAUGUGCCGAGUGCGUUGAAGAUCACUAAUUCUACCUUCUAUUUGACUGACUCUAUGGAUGGGGAUUCUGGAUUUAGCAAUUGCAGCGACUCCGCCGCGCUGGGCUCCACGGAGCACAUGGAGUCCCCCCCUCGCCCCGCGCGCCGGCCGCGCCUCAGCGACUCCACGCCGUGCCUGCCGCUGGAGCGCCCCGCGCUGCCGCCGCCGCCGCCGCCCCCGCCCGCGGCUGUGCAUGAAGAGCUGAAGCGCCUGCUGCCGACCCUGUCUCGCAAGGAGAAGGGGCCCCGGACCAGGACAUCAUGGUAUGCGGAGUGUGGAGACGAGACGCCUCCGUCGCAGCCCUCGCCGCGGCCCAGCACCACCUCUUGGUACGCAGAAGCGGGCCUCUACCAAGCCGGCAGCGUGACGUCAUCGAGCGGCGCCUCCUCCGCCUCCCCCCCCGCCUCGCCGCCCCCGCGCUCGCUCUUCACGCACGAGCCGCUGUACCAGUUUUAUAACAAGGAGAAGGUGCAGUCAGCGUGCCUAGACUCGGACUCGGACGCCUACGACCCCCAAUCAGCUUCUAGCGAGCCCAUGCCUCCCCCCUCACCCCCCGCCGCCCCCGCGCGCCCCUCGGCCAUGGCGCUGGCGGCGCCGCGCGGCCCGCAGCGCACGCUGUGGUGCGAGGUGCCCGAUGUCGUCGCCUCUCCUGUGUUAUCCACCCUCCCCGCUGCUCAGAAGCGUCUCCAAGAGGCCAAGUUCGAGCUGCUCACCUCAGAGGCCUCGUACCUGAACUCACUCAACGUGCUCGAAACUCACUUCAUGUCUCACCCCGCCUUCCGAGACCCGAGUGUCAUCAGCCAGGCCGAGUGGGACACGCUGUUCUCUACUAUAUUGCCUGUCCGCAAGUGCUCCCAACUCCUCAUGACGUCACUGGAGCGGUGCUGGCAGGCGGACCUGCUGCUGGGCGGCAUCUGCCGGCUGCUGCUCGAGCACGCGAACAGACACUUCCAGGCGUAUGUCAAGUGCUGCGAGCACCAGCACUACAUGGUGAAGACGUUGCAGGCGCUAAGAGAACGCCCAGCCUUCGCCGCUGCACUGCGUCGUCUAGAAUCGCACCCGGCGUGCCAGAGCCUGUCGCUGCAGUCGUUCCUCAUGCUGCCCAUGCAGCGGGUGACGCGCCUGCCGCUGCUGCUGGACGCCGUGCUGCGCCACCUGCCCGACGGCCGCGAGCGCCGGGACUGCGCGCAGGCGCUGCGCACGCUGCACCAGAUAGUAUCCCAGUGCAACGAGGGCGCGCGCAACACGGAGCGUGCAGAAGAGAUGUGGCGCCUGUGCCGCGCCAUCGAGUUCCCGCCCCACGUGCGCGCGCCGCCCGCCCUCGGGCCCGCCCUGCGGCGCCGCGACCGCACACUGGUCCGCUACCUGGUGCGCUCGGGCGAGAUGACGCAGCUGGUGUGGAAGACGGAUGAGCUGAAGCUGACGUUCGGCAAGAAGUUCCACAAGGUGCCGCUGCACCUGUUCCUCUUCAACGACGUGCUCGUUAUUACUAAGAAGAAGAGCGAAGACUCCUACAUAGCGGUGGACCACUGCGCGCGCUCGCUACUAGAAGUGUGCAGUUCAGACGGCGGCGCGGCGCAGGCCAAACACGCCCUACUGCUCACGCUGCUCGAGAACCACGAGGGAAGGACUGUUGAGAUGCUAAUGUCGUGCCCAUCCGACACGGACGCCUCCCGCUGGACGGAAGCCGUAUCGCCACCGCCCUCAGACGCCGCGGAAGCAGUGUACGCCGGCUGGGACUGUCCCCAGCAGCGCGCGCUGUUCGACUACGCGCCGGUGCAGCCCGACGAGCUGCCGCUGAGCGAGGGCGAUGUGCUCAACGUUACUAGGAAGACUGCUGAAGGUUGGUACUACGGCGAGCGGCUGCGCGACGGCGAGACGGGCUGGUUCCCGGGCUCCUACACCGUGGAGGUGGCCUCCCCCCACGUGCGAGCGAGAAACCUGCGCCAGAGAUACCGCCUUCUCGCUCUCUCCGGGACCUAUCUGGGACAGAAGCGGCGCACGUGAGGGACUAGUGGGGGUAGUAGACGGGUAAAUGUGGAAGCUAUUGGAUUUGGAUGUAAAAGAAUAGGUACGCUGAACGCAAUGUCUAAAAUGACAGGGAAAAUAUAGAGGUAAUCCCUAUCAGCCAAUCAGAAAAUUGACUGGGCUUUGUAUCUGUGGUUAUGGACCAAUGAGAGGAGAGCUGAUGAUGUUGUACUGUAUCGCUGGUGGUGCCCACUGCCGGCUUUACGUCAACUUUCUUAUUGGACAGAUUUUGGAUGGUCUUGAACUGGUCAUUGGAUGACGAUUUUAUGUUAAAAUGUGGGGUGUGAAGACGCAAUACUUUAACGAAAGAUGGCUGCAGCCACCUUUAGCCUUAAAAUAAUGCAUUUUGUAUUUUAUACGGUUUCCUUGGCAGUUCUUUGAAUGUUUUAUACUUUUUAUAUACAAACUACUACAUCACACUUGUAAGUAUUUUACUGAGAUUGUAUGGUAUUUAACGGUAGUUUUGAGAAAUUGUUGGCGAAUUAACAAAUUUAUGAAUAAGCUUACCCUUAAUUGUAAUAAUAUGUAUUGUCCGUCCAGACACUGCCUUUAUAUUGUAGUAUUCUAGUGUUAGAAAUAUUCAAUAUGUAUUUUAUCAAGACUUAAGAUUUUUAAAAGGCAAUUAAUAAUAAUUAAAUUAAGUUUUUCACAAGUGCAAUGAAAUUCAUAUUUUCUUUUUCAUCGUCGGCGUGGUUUACAAUUGGUGCUUAUUUAUUAUUUUAUAAUGUACUGUAUUAAAUGUUUUAUGCUCUUAAAGAGUACCUAUGUUUUAAUAUUAAUAGUAGUUAAGUAUUGUGAGAUGUACAGUUACGGAUGAGAUUCACGAUCUAUUGUACAGUCUAUGAAUUAUGAACCUUUUACUGAUUAGUUGUAAGUUAGACCUGUAUGUAUUGUAUGUAAUCACCAUAUCAACGUGUUUACAUAUGUUGUAAAUAAAUUCGAAACAUGUAGAAUGUGAGCUUGCCGCUUUGUUUCAAAAACUAGUCAUCCGUUCCAUCGGUGGCAGAUCAAGUUGUAAUAAUUAUGUUUUUCAUUUUAAUUGAGAUUGGCUUUACAUAACUAACAUUAAAUAUGUAUUAUUUUUAAAUAGUUGUAUAAUAUUUUCACUUGUUUACAUUCCUGUCUCACGCACCGAGUGGAAGUUUGAUCUUUACAAUAAAUUAUUGUUAUUUUGUACAUAGCUAUUACUCAAGUGUAACAGUCGUCCAGACAUAUUUAUAGUUAUGAAAUAAAACCUUGUACUGAAAUUAA